AUGUCACUCCUGUUGGCGCUCCCAGCGAUGCGAUACGCGUGUGGCGGCGUGAUGUUUGCGCGCAAUCCUCUGACCACACAGCUGGUAUCUGCCGUGGGUGGACGCCGCACGAUGGUGGGGGCUCAGCGCUUUUCACCGCUACUGGGUGCACCACCCACCCACGGCGUGCUACAGGUGCGAGCGGCGUCGUCCAAGAAGAAAGAUAAGGCUGGAGGCAAAAAGAAGAAGAAUACAGGCGCGCCUAAAAAGUCCCGAUAUGGUCCGCGAGGCCCCGACGGUGCGCCUCAGACCUCGGGAACCACAGCGCCCGCCAAGCCAUUACGAGAAGACCUCGACAUGAGUGAGCUGCGCAUCGAUGCAUUGCUCAAUGAGCUGGUGGAUGGCGGCGAGGGCAUGAGCAAUCGCGCUAAGUUUCGCGCCCUUCCCGUGGACGAUAAAAUCAUGAGGACGAUCAAAGACAAUCAACUGUGCAUGGAUGCGUCCACGGCCGGACGUGAAGCGCGCAAACUACGUAAUAAGGAACUGGACACAAAAAUUACUCGGCGUUACGUCCUCUACGGCGAUAUUGCCGAUCGCGAGCGCAUCCUUCUUGGGCUGCGCGGCAACAAGAAGGCGACAAAGUUUGUUGCUGCCGCCACCACCGAGAAUGACCUUCCAGAGGCCGACGAUGAUAUACCAGAGGUGGCAUUCGCGGGACGUUCGAACGUGGGCAAGAGUAGCCUGAUCAACGCCGUGACGUGCAGUGGCGCCGCCAGGUCCUCAGACGUUCCUGGAAAGACGCAAUCACUGAACUUUUACGAUGUCUCCCGUCGCAUCAGGAUCAUUGACAUGCCUGGAUACGGCUUUGCUUUCGCAGCCCAGGAGAAGGUUGAGGCGUGGAAUCGACUCAUGGACAAAUAUCUCACGGGAAGGAAAAAUUUGAAGCGUGUUUACGUCGUAGUGGACGCCCGACAUGGGCUAAAGGCUCCUGACAGGGAGAUGCUGGCGUUUUUGUCGCGAUAUGGCAAUGUGGCGUACAGCGUGGUGCUCAACAAGACGGAUCUGGUGCGACCGGCUGAUCUCGCAAGGCGGUGCUUCCUCAUCCGCGAAGAGCUAAGAAUGGCGAAAAGGGCGCGAUCCACGGUGCACAUGUUGAGCACCAACACAGGGGCUGGAGUUCGACUGUUCGGAGCUGAGCUUUUCAGCCUCGCUAACGAAGCAAGCACAAGCACUGAGGAGGAUAAAAUUGAGGAAGAAUACGACGACAAAAAUUUGAUGACGGUGAAGAGGAGUCAGGACGCAGAAACAUGCUAG